AGAAGGCCUUGUUUUGCCUUCCUCAUUCGUCCUUAUUUCUCAACAAUUUCUCUUUUUUUUCGCUACAAUUCACUUUUCAGUCAAGAGCCGUAUCGGUGUCGAAAAGAUCAGUUGGCGAUUUGUUGAUGAGGUUAUUACGCUUUUAGUGUGAAUUGUGCUAAUGUGUCUUCGCAGUUUUGAUGAAUUUUUGGAUUAUUUUAGUGCUGUAUUGUACCAGAUGACAUAGGAGGAAGUAAAAAUAGAAUGCAGCAUGCGGUUAACGUUCAAGUUCCAGGAUGUUGUUCUUUUAUAGGAAGUAAACUUUCAAAUCCAUUGGAUUUGAAUCUUCCAUUUUUGCAAAGCAUUCCUGGAGCUUUUAAAAUUGCACAUACCGUGCUGGGCAUGAUCUGUCUGAUACUGAUAGCGCACUAUAGCCAGUUCUUUCACCCUCUGGACGGAAAUUCGCUGGGUAUCCUCUGCAGCAAGAGUGCCGCCUACUUCCUUCUUGUGUCCUACGGAUUUUUUCUCACUUCGUCCGUCAUCGUCAUAUGUAGCGCCUUUUCCUAUUUCACAGCAUCAUUUCUGCCCAAAACUGCUUUCGAAUUCACCUAUCAUGUUCUCGCCUGCAUUAUGUAUUUGUCCUCAAGUUUAACCCUUCUUGUUAGUGUCGUUACAAGUAAUACCGAUUCUGAAGAUUUCAAAGAACCUGGAUAUGAAGGGAAAAUAGCAGCAGCGGUUUUAGGUUUAGCAAAUACGAUAUUAUAUGGAAUCAGUACUUACUUUUCAUUUCAAGCUCGAAAACAAAUGGGUUAAAGAAACGAGAAGUUUUAUUGAAAUUGAAGCUGAACUAGCUUGCUUCGGUUUUAAUUCUUCUUAUAUUUUUCCCAAGAAACUUAAUUUGAAGAAUUUAUAAUCAACUUCAGUUUAACUUAUUAUACAAAAAAUACUUUAAACUGUAAGAUUCAGAUUGUUUGUUUAAAAGGGAAAAUUUUUAUCAUUUUUUUACAAUGUAUAUCUGAAGCAAAAAAGUUAAACUUGUUCAAAUUAGAAGUGAUAUUUUAUGACUCGAUUUUUUUCCUGAUAUUUUUCAUUAAAUUUUAGAAAAUGAGUUACUUACCUAGGAUGA